UCAUUAAUCACACUUCGCGACUCUCCUUUGCCUCAAUAUCUCAUCACCCUUUUUUGUAUUGCAUUAAGCAGCGAUUCAAGUUCCAGCAUAUCGAUCGUAACACCCAGUAAAUGUCCGAGGCACGCACCGUCUUUAUCGUCAUGAGAAAGGACCUGCAAAAGGUACUAAACUGGCCGCUUGGCAGCAUCGUUUCCCAGGGGUGCCACGCCACCACGGCGGUGAUCUGGAAGUUUCGCGAUGACGAGCGCGUCAAGGCCUACACUGAUGAUCUCGAAUCAAUGCAUAAGGUCACCCUGGAAACCAAGAACGAGGCAUCAUUGCUCAAAAUGGCUGAAAAUCUCAAGCAGAAGGACAUUCCGUUCCAUAUGUGGGUCGAGCAGCCCGAAAACAUUCCGACAUGUCUGGCGACAAUUCCCGUUAUGCGCUCCGAUCUUGGCGACGCCCUGAAAAAGUGCUCGCUUCUGCGAUAGGCUGAGAACUGGUGGUGCAUUUAUUUGCUUGGCGGGCUGUGGACGAUUAGAUCAAAAAGGAAUACAAACCUGAUCAAGACAAUCAGCACACUGAGCGAUAAAUAAUUUUUUGGCGCGAUCAAGCAUUGUCAAGCACGCCUGUUCACUCUCCCAUUUUUAUAUACUUUUUUCUUUCUUGUCU